CAUCCGAACCCAGAACAUGAUUUUUCAUUUUUUUUUUUUUCAUUUUUUUUUUUAAUCUUUGUGUGUUCUUAUUUAUAUUUCAGCUAUUUUUUAUUAUAUCUUUGGUGGGUUUUAUCCAUUUUACGUAAAGAUGUGUUCUUUUGUGUUGAUCAUGUGCAAGUUUUUUUGGGUUUUGGAAUUAUUAGUAGUGGGAAUUUACUUAAACUUUUCUAAAUUAACUGAUUUGGCUAUAGAUUAGAGUGGUUUUAGAAUUUCGACAUGGAUUUUGCUUUACUGCUUGUGCAUAAGUGGGCUGCAAGUUUUUUGUUUACUGUUUUUCUUCAACAGGAGGAAGUUUAUGGGUACUUUUGCUUCUGGGUAAUAUGGAUAUUGAAUGAAAGGUGGGAUUUUUUCUUUUCUUUUUUUCCCUUUUUUGAACGGAAUGUGGCAGGUCUGUAUCAGGGAGGUGUCUGGAGAAUAAGGGUGGAGCUACUGGAUGCUUAUCCUUACAAAUCUCCGUCAAUUGGCUUUGUCAACAAAAUCUACCACCCAAAUGUUGAUGAAAUGUCGGGAUCUGUUUGUUUAGAUGUUAUCAACCAAACUUGGAGCCCCAUGUUUGACCUGGUUAAUGUGUUUGAAGUGUUUCUGCCCCAACUUCUUUUAUAUCCCAACCCAUCAGAUCCAUUGAAUGGAGAGGCUGCUGCUUUGAUGAUGCAUGAUCGCACUGCUUAUGAUCAAAGAGUAAAAGGUGAGUAUUGCGAGAAAUAUGCAAAGCCAGAAGACAUAGGGGGUGCUCGAGAAGAGCAAUCAAGUGAUGAGGAGCUGAGUGAAGAUGAGUAUGACUCCGGUGAUGAUGCAGUCGCAGGCCAUGCCGAUCCUUAGGUGUAUAAUGCUGGCCAGAUUAAUUGUCUGCUGCACAUUAUGUUCUGCUUCGGAAUGGAAAAUUAAACCGAAAAAACUGAGGGAUUACGGAAAAAGUCCUGCCCUUGUGUCAUUGCUUUUCAUGGAGGUUGUGUAAAUUAAUCAACUAUGAUUAAUUGUUUUGAAUGUUGUGAAAGUGUCUCUCUGUGCAUAAUUACCAACAAUAGACGAUCAAUUGGGCCGUAUUUGAA